UCUCUCUUGGGCUUUCUUUUUUUUUUUCCUCUUUACCUUCUCUUCAGACCACAUCAGUUUUCUUCGAUUUGUUGAUCUGCUUUGCGGACAUGUUGGUCUCGAUCUUUCUCUUUAAUGGGCACUGAGGAUUCUACAGAGAGAGAGUGAUAAAGAGUGAGGUAGAGAGAGAAUUUCGAUUGGGGAGAGUCUGAGAAAAUGAUAAGUGAGUGAUUGAAUAGAGCUUUUUGGGGUUGAGUUAUAUGAGUUUCUUUGAAUUGGGCUUGGUGGGUGGCGUUGAUUUGCUUGGAUUUUGAUAUGGGUGGGUGUUUUCCCUGCUUUGGAUCGUCUAAUAAGGAGGGGAAUGUUGUAAAGGAAGUGACAAAGAAGGAUUCAGUUAAAGAAGGCUCAACUACUCAGUCUCACCAUGUCACCAGAGUUAGCUCAGACAAAUCAAAAUCGCGAAGUGGUUCUGACCCUAAGAAAGAAUCAGUAAUUCCAAAAGAUGGACCAACAACAAACAUUGCUGCACAAACAUUUACAUUUCGGGAACUGGCUGCUGCCACGAAGAAUUUUAGACAGGAGAGUUUACUGGGUGAAGGGGGUUUCGGACGUGUUUACAAAGGGCGCUUGGAGAGCACAGGCCAGGUAGUUGCUGUAAAACAACUUGACAGGAAUGGCUUGCAAGGAAACCGAGAGUUUUUGGUGGAGGUUCUUAUGCUUAGCCUCUUACAUCACCCAAACCUUGUCAACCUUAUUGGUUAUUGUGCUGACGGAGACCAGCGCCUUCUUGUUUAUGAGUUUAUGCCCUUAGGUUCCUUGGAGGAUCAUUUACAUGAUCUUCUACCAGACAAGGAGCCUUUGGACUGGAAUACAAGAAUGAAGAUUGCAGCAGGUGCUGCAAAAGGAUUGGAGUAUUUACAUGACAAAGCAAAUCCUCCUGUUAUAUACCGAGACUUGAAGUCGUCAAAUAUUCUUCUUGAUGAGGGCUUUCACCCUAAAUUAUCUGAUUUUGGGCUUGCAAAAUUGGGUCCUGUUGGCGAUAAGACUCAUGUCUCCACUCGUGUGAUGGGAACAUAUGGAUACUGUGCGCCAGAGUAUGCCAUGACGGGCCAACUCACUCUAAAAUCUGAUGUCUAUAGUUUUGGAGUCGUCUUUCUUGAACUUAUUACAGGACGCAAGGCCAUUGAUAAUACUCGAGCUCAAGGAGAGCAUAAUCUCGUUGCAUGGGCGCGACCACUUUUCAAGGAUCGAAGGAAGUUCCCCAAAAUGGCUGACCCGCUACUUCAAGGUCAUUACCCAAUGCGUGGACUUUACCAAGCUCUUGCAGUUGCAGCCAUGUGUUUGCAGGAACAAGCUGCUACAAGGCCUCUGAUAGGAGAUGUGGUGACUGCUCUCACAUACUUGGCCUCCCAAACCUAUGACCCUAAUGCAGUGAGUAACAGAGUUGGUCCAUCUACUCCCAGGAAUAGGGAUGAUCGCAGAAGCAUGGGAGAAGGGCUGGAUAGUCCAGAUGAGCACGGUCGUGGAAGGCGAAAUGGCUCUCCUUCCACCCAUAGAAACUCACCUGAUUUCAGAAAGAGGGACCAUGCAAGGGAAAUGAGCACUGGUGCAGAAUUGGGCAGGAUUGAAACUGGUUGUGGAUCUGGAAGAAAAUGGGGUCUGGAUGAUUUAGAACGACCAGAAUCUCAGAGGGACAGUCCUGCAAGUGCUGGAAGAGCACGGGAAACCCCAAGAAAUCGUGAUCUUGAUAGAGAACGUGAAGUGGCAGCAGCAAAAGUAUGGGGGGAGAACUGGCGAGAAAAGAAGCGAGCAAAUGCAGUGGGUGGUAGCUUUGAUGGUACAAACGAGUAAACUGGGCAACAAAAUGUGAAACUUUGCGAAGUCAUUUUCCUACUAUUUUCUUGGCGGAAAGAAACAAUGUCAUGCAUUCGGAGGGUCAACAUUGUUAAAGAAAGAGAAAUCUGCAUAACUUCCACCAUCCUUUACUGCCUUGGUUGCCUGUCCAACUAGGGAAUAAGUGGUCUGUAUUCUCCAACAUUGACUAUUGUUGCUUAUCCUAUUUCAUUCUUGUAGUUGAGUAUGAAACUGAAUGCUUCAGUAUUUAUGGUAAAAGGGAAAAACAGAGUUAGAGAAAGGGGUUUUGAGGGAAGGGGUAGCAUUAUGAUUUGAGGGCAUUUACCGGUAAGCCCCACCAGCGGAUUGGCUUCCUGCAACAUGUUCAUUUAUGUAUUUAGGGCUUUCUGAAAGCUCAUGUUACAGGGGAGUUUCAGGACGAUAUGUAAUUUUUGCGCACAUAUAUUAGUGUCUCUACAUGGGAGGAACUUGAUGAGGUUUGAUUUGGAUGUUA